AUGGAUCAACUUUCUAAGCAGCCUGCCCGGGACUUCCUUGACUUUGUCAAUGCUUCCCCCACUCCUUUCCAUGCUGUCCAGUCUGCCAAGGAUCUGUUACACAAGGCUGGAUACCGGGAAAUCAAGGAAAAAGAUUCAUGGGCCACCAUCUGUAAGCCUGGCGGUCGAUACUAUUUGACCCGCAACACGACCACCCUCAUUGCUUUUGCUAUUGGGUCUAAAUGGAAUCCUGGAAACUCCAUUGCCAUGAUUGGUGCUCACACAGAUUCUCCCGUGCUUCGGGUUAAGCCCGUGAGCAAGAAGCAGGGUGAAGGCUUCAUUCAGGUCGGUGUGGAGAUGUAUGGUGGUGGUCUCUGGCACACCUGGUUUGACCGUGAUCUGGGUAUUGCUGGCCGGGUGAUGGUUCGUUCAAGCGAUGGAUCUAUCAUACAGAAGCUGGUCAAGGUUGAUCGUCCCAUUCUUCGCGUUCCCACUCUGGCUAUCCAUCUAGAUCGCCAAGAGACCUUCUCCUUCAACAAGGAGACUCAGCUAUUCCCCAUUGCUGGUCUUAUUGCCAGUGAGCUCAACAAAGUCAGCGAGCCUAAUGUCAACGACCAGUUUUCUCCCUUGAAGGCCAUCACUGAGCGUCACCACUCCGACUUUGUCGCCCUCGUUGCUUCCGAGGCCGGAGUCAAGCCAGAGGAGAUCCUGGACUUUGAAUUGACCCUCUUUGACACUCAAAAAUCUUGUCUUGGUGGCUUGCAUGAGGAGUUCAUUUUCUCACCUCGUCUGGACAACUUGAAUAGCACCUACUGUGCCGUGAAGAGUCUGAUUGACUCGUCUGUAAACGAUGCAGACCUUGCUAAUGAAGGCGCCAUCCGUCUCAUUGCCCUGUUCGAUCACGAAGAGAUUGGCAGCCGUACUGCUCAGGGUGCUGACUCCAAUAUCCUUCCAUCGAUCCUCCGACGUCUAUCAGUGCUCCCCUCAUCUUCUGCUACUUCAGAGGAUAUUUCUACUGCCUAUGAGCAAACCCUUGCCACCUCCUUCCUUGUCUCUGCCGAUAUGGCCCACUCCGUCAACCCCAACUACGCCGGCAAAUACGAGUCAGACCACAAGCCCGAAAUGAACAAGGGCCCCGUCAUCAAAAUCAAUGCUAAUGCCCGUUAUGCCACCAACUCUCCAGGAAUUGUUUUGCUUCAGGAAGUGGCACGCAAGACUGCUGAAUCAUUGUCUGUGCACGUUCCUCUGCAGCUGUUUGUUGUUCGCAAUGAUUCAAGCUGUGGUAGCACUAUUGGCCCGAUGCUCUCUGCCGCACUGGGCACUCGGACAUUGGAUUUGGGUAACCCCCAGCUCAGCAUGCACAGUAUUCGUGAGACUGGUGGUACUUAUGAUGUCGCCCAUGCUAUCCGUCUCUUUACUGGAUUCUUCCAGCAUUACUCAGACUUGUCCUCGAAAAUCUUUGUGGACUAG